AUGGGAACAAUUCAUUAUUUAUCACCUGAAAUUCUUGAAACGCCACCACAUAUUUGUUCAAUUCAAAGUGAAUUAUGGGCUGUAGGAAUAACUUUAAUUGAAAUUGUUAAUGGUCAACAUCCAUGGCCUAGUGCAAAUUUACUUGAUCACUUGAUAAAAAUCAAUAGUUACAAUCCAACAAUUUCUAAUAAGAUUAUUUCGAAAGAAAUCGAAGAUUUCAUUUUACGCUUAUUGAAACGAAAUGCUCAAGAUCGUCCAAUUUCUUACAAUGAAAUUCUUAAUAUGUCAUUUAUCAAGAGAAUUCCAAAUGAACCAACAAUCAAUGAAUUAAACUUUAUUAGAUCAAUAAUCGAAAUUAUUCAAGAAUUUGCCAUUGAAGUUAAAGAAUGA